GAGAGACUGGCUGCAAUGCGCUCAGACUCAUUAGUUCCAGGGACACACACCCCUCCCAUAAGGAGGAGAAGCAAGUUUGCCAAUAUAGGAAGACUUUUCAAACCAUGGAAAUGGAGGAAGAAGAAGAGUGAAAAGUUCAAGCACACAUCAGCAGCACUUGAAAGAAAAAUAUCAAUGAGGCAAAGCAGAGAGGAACUUAUCAAGAGAGGAGUUCUGAAGGAAAUAUUUGAUAAAGAUGGAGAGCUUUCUAUACAGAAUGAAGAAGGGUCACUGGAGAAUGGACAGGCGUUGAGUUCCAGCCAAGUAUCACUGCAAGCCCUAUCUGAAUUGGAGCCAUGUUCAAUAUCUGGGGAUUCCUGUAGCUAUGAAGUACUCCCGAAUCACGAGGUCAUGGAUGGAACAGUGUCUGAAGAGAGUCCCACGUCCAGUGAAUCUGGAAUCCACCUCCCUCAAGAACCUUCAUCUAAACCAGUCUUGCUACUCCCCCCUAAAAAAUCUGCUGCUUUCUCUGGAGAUCACGAAGACACCCCAGUGAAGCAGCUUUCCCUCAAACAACCCCCUGCCCUGCCUCCUAAGCCCAUUACCAAGAUUGCCAACCAUUUAGCUGAUCCUGGUGCUCCGAUGAAGCUGCCUUGUAUGCCAGUCAAGCUAUCACCUCCACUACCUCCAAAGAAAGUCAUGAUUUGCAUGCCUUUAGGGGGACCCGAUCUCUCCCUCUCAUCCUAUUCCACGCAGAAGAACUCCCAGCAACCAUUGACUUCGCAUCAUCACACAGUCCUCCCAUCACAAUUAGCAGCACACCAGCAUCAGUACAGCAGCCACAGCUCACAUAUGCCUUCUGGAUCCAACACGUUACCCAUGCACCCUUCAGGAUGUCGCAUGAUCGAGGAGUUGAAUAAAACACUGUCCAUGACCAUGCAGCGGCUAGAAAGCUCCAAUUUACACGGCGGUGACAGCCUCUCAAAAACUGGACCCGGAGGCCUUGCAGACAUGAGACAAGUGCCAACUGUUGUGAUUGAAUGUGAUGACAAUAAAGAAAACGUGCCUCACGAAUCUGACUUUGGCGAUUCUUCAUGCCUUUAUACAAGAGAAGAAGAGGACGAGGAGGAAGAUGAAGAUGAUGAUAGCUCGUUAUUUUCAAGUUCCCUGGCAAUGAAAGUUUGCAGGAAAGAUUCUUUAGCUAUCAAGCUGAGCAACAGGCCAUCCAAGCGUGAGCUGGAGGAGAAGAACAUCCUCCCCAUGCAGACGGAUGAGGAGCGGCUGGAGCUCAGGCAGCAGAUUGGCACCAAACUGACAAGGCGGCUGAGCCAGAGACCGACUGCUGAAGAAUUAGAGCAGAGGAAUAUUCUCAAACCACGGAAUGAACAAGAGGAACAGGAAGAAAAACGAGAGAUCAAGAGAAGAUUAACCCGCAAGCUAAGUCAAAGGCCUACAGUGGAAGAGUUGAGAGAGAGGAAAAUUCUCAUCCGUUUUAGUGAUUACGUAGAAGUGGCAGAUGCUCAGGACUACGACAGACGAGCAGAUAAACCAUGGACAAGGCUAACAGCUGCUGACAAAGCAGCAAUUCGCAAAGAGCUAAAUGAAUUUAAGAGCACUGAAAUGGAAGUUCAUGAAUUAAGCAGGCAUUUAACAAGGUUUCACAGACCAUAGGAACUGAAUAUGCUGCCACCUUGAGAACGUAAUGGGAAAGAACCAUAAGUGCUGAUUCAUUCAUUUCUCUGUUACGUACCGUGGUAA